UGCGCUGAAAGCCACCUGGAAGCAGCAAGCAGUAGCCUACUAGUUUUAUGCCUUCAGUUCAAAUGGAAAUCUUAUACAAUAUUACAGUUAGUCGAUGUAAAACGGUGAUUGUACAUUAACAGCCAACCAUGGUGACGCUGGAGAGCUAUAUACAGGAGAACGUGCGAUCAGAGAUGGAGCGGAAUGUCAUUCACACUCAGACAGCCACCAUGCUGGAGAUCGGAACCAAUCUUCUAAGCCAAUCAGCAGAAAACACACGCAAACUGACAGAUGUAGAGACCCAGGUGCUGAACCAAACCAGUCGUCUGGAGAUCCAGCUGCUGGAAUACUCUCUGAGCACCAACCGGCUGGAGAAGCAGCUCUUAGAGCAAACCCAGGAGGUCUCCCGCCUCAAUGACAAAAACAGCUAUCUGGAACAGCGUUUUGCUGCCAUGGAGGCCAGGCACAGCAGAGAGCUUCAGGCCAUCCAGCAGGAGAAACAGCAGCUGUUGGAGCUGCUGGACAGACAGAAUCACCUGGUCAACCUGCUGGAGGGAGAACUGGCCAGCUCCACUCAUAACAGCACACUUCUCCAACGACAGCAGGCCACACUCACUGACACAGUGCAGCAGCUACUGGCUAUGGUCACUCACUGUAAUGAUAUUUCCACUACAGUUGAAAAGGAGAUGUUGAAGUUUAGAGACUGUGCUGAGAUAUUCAAAUCUGGAGUUACAGAAAGUGGGAUAUACAACAUUCAUCUUCUUAACUCCACCCAGAAAACUAAGGUAUUCUGUGACAUGAAAACUAAAGGGGGAGGCUGGACUGUCUUUCAGCAUCGCUAUGAUGGAUCGGUCGAUUUUAACCGUGGCUGGAAUGAUUACAAACUGGGAUUUGGAGAUCCAUCAGGAGAACACUGGUUAGGAAAUGAUGCCAUCCACCUGCUUACAACAUCAAAAGAUUACACUCUCCAGGUCCACCUCAAAGACGCCGAGGGACAGCAGGCUUAUUCUCAGUAUGACCAUUUCUACAUUGAUGAAGAGGAUAAGAAAUACAGUCUCCAUGCAAGGGGUUUCAGUGGUACAGCUGGACGCACCAGUAGCCUUACCCACUCAGGAACCCUGUUCAGCACAAAGGAUCAGGACAAUGACCAGUGCAGCUGCAAGUGUGCUCAGAUGGCCACAGGAGGGUGGUGGUUUGAAGCUUGCGGUCCAUCCAAUCUCAAUGGGAUAUACUAUUCUGGAAGCUCCAAUGUGAUACGGUAUAACAGUAUAAAGUGGUACUACUGGAAAGGGCCGAGCUGGAUGGCGACAAUGACCACUAUGAUGAUACGGCCUGUGGACUUCUAAAAGCAGGAAGAGACUCUCACAAAUGGAUCAUUUGACUUUACUGACAGCCAAAUCAUCCAAACAAGCUGGUGACAUCAAUGAAAAUUAUGAACAACUUGAGCAUUGGACAGCUUGUGCCCAUGUCAUUGUAGCCAUUCAAUCUGUCUCCGUUUUGUUUGUUUAGUCUGGCGAAACAGACACAAAUUGCACCAUAAAUGUUUUAUCUCCCUGUAUAGCAAACUCUUCCAAUGUAAAAUGCAAUGAACUGGAAUGGCUGAUUUGUAGUUGAUGUUUGAGCCCAAUGUCUGUCUGGUAAAACACUAACCUAUCUUCCUCCUCCAUCCAGUGGAACAUCAGCUCUCCUGAGAUUUCUUCUCCCAUUCUAGUGCUUUUAAAGGGUUUAAGAGAGAAUACCUCCAUAAAAGCGCUCAAGACACUGAAACAGGUGUAUGUUUUAUAAGCAUACCUUUCAUUAUAAAUAUAUAUUUGUAAUAAAACAAGACAUCAAAUCAGACUUUGCUACAGAA